UGGUACAAGAAGAGUGGGGCGAGCAGAGUCCAGAUCGCAGCUCAGUGCCGGACGGAGAUGACCUCCGGAGCGCUGUGCCUCGUGCUGCUAGCCGCGGGCCAGGCGGCCGCCGGCUACCCGGGGUUCCGCAUCAGGCCCGUCUCCUCGGAGGACCCCGAGACGCGCCUGGGGGCCGAGGCGGGCGAGAGGCUGAUCCUCACCAGCUACGUGGAGGCGGGGAGGGCGGCGGAGGCCAGGAACCUGUCCAAGGUCACGGGCGGCCCCUUCCCGCCCGACAUCCCCAGCUACUCCGGCUUCUUCACGGUCGACAAGAGGCACGGCUCCAACCUCUUCUUCUGGUUCUUCCCGGCCGAGAGAGACUACGAGAACGCGCCGGUGCUGGUGUGGCUGCAAGGGGGCCCUGGGGCGUCGUCCCUGUACGGCCUCUUCAUGGAGGUGGGCCCGUUCUUCGUGUCGGAGGACGGCGAGUCCUUGAUCAGGAACCCCUACUCCUGGCACAAGAACCACUCCAUCGUGUUCAUCGACAACCCCGUUGGAACAGGUUUCAGCUUCACGAAGAAAGACGCCGGAUAUGUGACCACUCAAGAGGAAGUAGGGGAGCAGUUGCACAGUGCUCUCGAGCAGUUCUUCGUCGUGUUCCCAGAGCUGCAGAAGAACCACUUCUUCAUAUGCGGCGAGUCGUACGCCGGUAAAUAUAUUCCCGCUCUAGGCCGCACCAUUCACGAGAAGAAUAGAAAUGCCUCUUUGAAGAUAAAUCUGAAAGGUAUGGCUAUAGGCGAUGGUCUCGUGGAUCCAGUGCACAUGGUACAGUAUAGUGACCUGGUAUACCAGUGGGGUCUCGUCGACAACACCACCUGGAAACAAAUGAAGAAACUUGAAGAUGCAACUGUACAACUUAUUGAAGCUGAAGAAUACAAGCUCGCAGUCGAGACAAUGAAUGACAAUUUGGGCAUUAUCGGGUCGGAGGCCAGAGUGGGAGUGUACAACCUGCUGACGGACAAUGACGACAUCGACAACCACUAUGCCAAGCUCUUGGAGAAAGCGAGUGUGCGCGCAGCCAUCCACGUGGGCAAGCAGACGUACUACCCAUCGAGUGAUGUCGUCUACGACCGACUGAGAGGAGACAUCAUGAAGUCUGUGCGGCCGUGGGUGGAGGAGCUGCUGGACUCCGGGUACCAUGUGGUGUUCUACAACGGCCAGCUGGACAUCAUCGUGGGUUACCCGCUGACGGUGAGCGUCCUGGAGAGGCUGCGGUUCAACGCUGCUCAGGAGUACAAGACCGCCAGCAGGAAGGCGUGGCUCGUGGACGGCAGGGUGGCCGGCUACACCAAGACGGCGGGCAACAUGACCGAGGUGCUGGUGCGAGGUGCCGGCCACAUGGUGCCUUCUGACCAGCCGGCGGCCGGCUUCCAGCUCAUAUACAGCAUCACCAGGGGCACUCUGCGGUGAAGAUUGUGACUCGCCAAUGCUAACAAGUGAAUGUGGGAUGUACAGUCAAUAAAAUAAUUUAAAAAAAAAA